AUGAGUGUCACUUUGCAUCCCGCUUCCCACACCACUUUUCACGACUUGAAUGCAAUGGAAGAAGAAAUUAAGGAUUUGUUGAUGGAAGAGAAGGAAAUAUUAAGUGAAAUCCAAACCUCCAAUGUUUUGAAGGACAUGACACUUAACAUGAAGAUGAAAUUUAAAAAGUAUUGGGGUGACCUUCAUAAAUUGAACCAAAUUUUGAUGGUUGCGCUUGUUCUUGAUCCUCGAUACAAAUUGGGGAACUUGGAGUUUAUCUUGAAGAUCUAG